GUUUAUCCAUCCAUCCAUUCGUUGAAUUUUGUCAAGAUGCAAACCAAGAUGUAAAGAAUUUCACUUCGGUAGGAUUAUUAUUCUGUUGAAAACAAACAAACAUCAAUUCCAUCCUCAGGAGUAAUCCUCUAAUUUGGAAGGGACUCUACAUAUUUGUGUGAGACACAGUCCCAGCCCCAAACUAAAGAAUGCCUGAGUUAAUCCCCACGGCGGUGACGCCGUCCGAGGUCGAUGAACCAGCAGAGAAGUCAGAGGCUCCAGCCUCUAAGCCAAUGGUCGGCAUCAUCUACCCUCCACCAGAAGUUAGAAAUAUUGUGGACAAAACCGCCAGUUUUGUGGCCAGAAAUGGACCGGAGUUUGAAUCGAGGAUCCGUCAGAAUGAGAUCUCCAACUCCAAGUUCAACUUCUUAAACCCUGGAGAUCCCUACCAUGCCUACUAUAGGCAUAAGGUCAAGGAAUUCCAGGAGGGGAAAGCCGUCGAGCCCUCCGGGGCCCUGCCACUCAAGCUCCAGCUACAGUUGACGGCCAGCCAGCCGAAGCCUGCCCUCUUGGUCGAACCUAUCGUACCCAAGGAACCCCCACCGGAAUUUGAAUUUGUAUCAGACCCUCCCUCCAUCAAUGCGUUUGAUCUAGAUGUUGUGAAGCUGACCGCCCAGUUCGUUGCCCGGAACGGCGGUCAGUUCUUGACCAAUCUGAUGAACAGAGAACAGAGGAACUACAUCUUUGACUUCCUGAGGCCUCAACACAGCAUGUUCAACUACUUCACAAAGCUGGUUGAACAGUACAUCAAGGUGUUGAUUCCUCCCAAAGACUUGCAUGAGAAGCUGACAGAAGAGGGCGCUACACGCAAGGUUGUCAUGGAGCAGGUGUCUCACAGGGUGGAGUGGGAGAAACACCAGGAACGACUGAGGAAGAAGGAUGAAGAGGAGAGGGAGAGAGAAAGAGUUAAUUACUCUCAGAUUGAUUGGCAUGACUUUGUGGUGGUUGAGACAGUGGACUACCAGCCUGACGAGGAGGGCCAGUUCCCCAACCCUCUCAAGCCCAGCGAGAUCGGGUCCAGGAUCCUGGCAGAGGAGAGAUACGAGCAGUUCGGGGAGGAGCUCGCAGAAGAUGAGGACGUUGAGAUGGAGGUCGAAGACGAUGAUGAAGAAGAAGACGACGAAGAUGAGGAAGAAGAGGACGAAGAAGAAGAGGAGGAUAGGGUGAAGGACAAAGCGAGGGAGGAGAGAAAGAAGGAUGAAGGGGAAGAAAGACCGAAAACCACAGAUCUUAAUACAGAGGUUCAAGACAUGGAAGAAGGGUCGGAUUCUGACAUGGAUGAAAGCGAUGAGGAGAAGGAGGCUGCCCCAGCGCCCCCCAAGGAAGUCGCCCCCAUGCUCCCACCCCUCCCCCCUCAGCUGGGAGAGGCUAUCAUCAAGAAAGAUUACAAUCCAAAAUUGGCGAAGCAGGCCCAGGCGGGGGAUACAACCAAGUACCUCAUCUCCCCCAUCACCGGAGAGAAGAUCGCUGCAGAUAAGAUGCAAGAACACAUGCGCAUUGGUUUGUUGGACCCGCGAUGGGUGGAGGAGAGAAGCCGUCAGAUGUCAUCCAAGGCUCAGGAGGAGGUCUACGCCCCUGGGCUAGCCAUCGAGGAGAGUCUCAAGAACCUUGCCGAGAGGAGAACAGAUAUCUUCGGAGAGGGCGACAUUGAAACACAGAUCGGAAAGAAGAUUGGAGAAGAAGAAGAGGACGAUAAGAACAAACAGAAGGUCAUCUGGGAUGGACACAGUGCAAGCAUGGAAUCGACUACGAGGAAGGCACAGGCAGGUAUAACACUGGAGGACCAGAUAAACGCUUUCCACAAAUCAAAAGGACUUCUACCAGACAAGGAGAAGGAGCGCAUCGGACCUCAGAAGACCAGGGACGCACCGCAUCCUCCCAAACCACCCUCUCACCCUCCCAGGCCCACCCCGCCCAUGGUCCCCUCCCUACCCCGCCAGGCCCCCUCGCAUCCUCCCCCGAUGCCCCCUCGCAUGCCCCUGGUCCAGCAGGUGCCCAUGGUGAGGGCACCUGCCGCGCCCCUGAUGCAGAUACCCUCCAGACCCAUCAUGAACCCCUUCCCGGGACCGCCCAGGAUGGGCAUGCCGCCCCAGGCUAGGAUGCAAGGUCCAAUGGGAGGCCGCCUUCCCAUGCCACCCCCUGGUCCCCCUCAGAUGAUGCGAGGGGUGCUACCGGACCCCCCUUCAAGAGGUGGCCCUCCGAGACCCGACAUGAGCAUGGACGAACCACCGUCCAAGAGGCAGAAAACGGAGGACGAUCUCAUCCCAGAAGAACAGUUCCUUGCUACACAUAAGGGUUCUGUUAUGUUCAAUGUGGUUUGCCCACUGGUCCAAGACAAGCCGGAAUGGAAGCUGCACGGUCAGCGAAUCACCCUCAACAUGCCCCUGACCGAUCAAGUGUCGGUCAUCAAGGCUAAACUCCACGAGCAGCUCGGCAUCCCUGCUGGAAAACAGAAGCUGCAGCACGAGAGCUUAUUCAUCAAGGAUUCAAACUCGCUUGGUUUCUACAAUUUCAUGCACGGCACCGUCGUACAGCUCCAGCUCAAAGAGCGUGGAGGAAGGAGACGUUGAGGAUACCAUACUUGCUACUUUUUAUCAAGUCAUGGAAAUUCUUAUAAGAGGACUGUUUAAAGACACCAUACUUGUUAGUGGUUCCUCAUGAGUAGACUGUUUUAAGACACCAUACUUAUUUAAGAUUUU